CGGAGGCGCUGCUGGACACCGACUGCUAGCGGGGCUAGGGCGUUGCUAGCGGCAGAAAGUGGCAUUUUUUUUCUCUCUCUCGGGGGGUUACCGUUCCACAACUUUAAACUCAUCCGCAAACAUAUUAUUUCGAUGGUAAAAAAACGCAGCCGGUGUUUGCGAGAAGUUUCCAGGCCUUGGGCGUGUGUGCGGCGGUGUUUUCCGCCGGAGCGGCGGCUGCUUUGUGUCCCGUUAGCCGGCCACGGAGCUAAACGAGUCUGCUUCUCCCUCCGCGGAAUUCUGCCCAGAAAAACCACCGAAUCCGGGAAACAUGGAGUCUGUGCUGGCCGCGCGUUGCUGAGCCCCCCUGCUCGCUGUUCUCAGAGAAGAAGCACGGCAAGGACGGGAAGAAUCUCUCUCUCUCAUUGUUAUGAACGGGAGUUUCGCUUAGUUUGCACUCAAACACACGAAGCAAAGUUUUUUUCUCUCGUCUUCUUCUUUUCUGCUGAAAACGCUCCUCUGUUUUGUUAGCUCGUAGCUCGCCCAGAAUCGUCGCCUGCCAAGACGUUUUCAACAACCUUCUCUCUUUUUUUUUUAAUGAGAUCAACAGAUCUUUGUUUGGUAUUAUUAUUAUUAUUAUUUUUGUUGCAUCUUGCGUCUGCAGCCGUAGCCGCAGUUGUUCUGCUAAUUCGUCCUAGUCCUGGUCGUUUAGACUCAGUAUUGGGCGAUUCCACUCCGGUGGUCACGGGAGAGUGGUUUCUGGGAGCAGGGGACACCAAAUGGGACUGCAGGAAUUUCCAGCAUCUUUAAAGAUCGUUUAGGCAGCGACAGAGGCCAUCGCAGCAGCAGGACGGACCACAUCGCAAGGCCAGGCUGUCUGUCUGCUACAUUGGAUUGUUUAUACCCCAUGCUGUCGGAAAUCUGGGAUGUGAACGCAAAGGAGUCAUACUUAAACGCACGUCAAGUUGUGCCGGCUUGAGCUGGAUAUUUAUUUUAUUCUUUUUUUAUUUUUGCCUUUUUUUUCUUCUUCACCCAGGUGGAAUAUUAUCAAACUGUACAGCUAAUACGACCAAGGCCUGGCUGUGUUCACUGUAGACUUCUUGCUGCUGCUCCAUUUCGUCAAUGAGUACUUGUUGACAGAUCCCACAGUCGGUGUUUGUAUUUCAUUUAGUCUUUGGACGUGCCUCGCAACAACCUAACGCUGAGCUAAGAUUAUAAGAUUGAUUCUCAGCACCGCUCUCAAAAGUCCUUGCCUAGUUCAGACGAAUGCCUGAGAAGGACGUCCCUGGAGCUCGAGUCAUCACACUCUGGAAAAUGUUAUUGGGAUACAAGCUGCUGCAACUCUAGAACCGGAAGCCCAAUGAGUGACACACAGUCCAGCUUCACUGACAGGUUUAACAAGAAAGCAACCAGAACCAGCAGCAUUCUUAGUAAAGACCAUCCCCCAGACAGGAAACCCAAAAGUGACAAACCCUCACUUCCCUCCAAUGAGUUUGACCCUACAGAAGCUCUGGUGCAGAAGAACAGCAGCAGCGGUGUGUUAGCAGAGGGGAAGCCCGAGUCUUGUGGUCUGGUACAGCGAUGUGUAAUCAUCCAGAAAGAUGAAAAUGGUUUCGGGCUCACUGUCAGUGGUGACAACCCAGUGUUUGUACAGCUUGUCAAAGACAAUGGGGCUGCUAUGCGGGCAGGUGUUCAGACAGGAGACAGGAUUAUCAAGGUGAACGGGACCCUGGUUACACAUUCUAAUCACACUGAAGUCGUCAAGCUUAUUAAAUCGGGCUCCUAUGUGGCCCUCACGGUUUUGGGGCGCCCUCCGGGGCUGGCCCAGAUCCCUCUGCCAGAAGGAGAGCCUGACAUGUUGGGUGUAAGCGUGUCCUCUCCAAGCUCUCCAGCAGCAGAACGGCCAUACAGUCCUCAGGACCGCCUCUCCUCCUCACAAUCACCAUGGGAUGAAAACAGCAGUGUCUGCAGCCAGAAGCCAGACAUCUUGCAAAGGAUGUCUUCAAAAGAGCAGCAGGAGCUGCAGGCCAUGAAGGAGGAGUACAGCAGGAACCCCUCCCCCAAACUACUGAAAGACAUCCAGGAAGCUAAAAAACACAUUCCUCAGCUGCAGGGCCAGCUCUUUAAGGCCACUGGGACAACACAGGAGGCUAUUCCAGGUGGUGAUGCAGAUGAUGGUAACAUAUUGGAGAUAGAGCGCACACUUCCCCCUAAAGGAAACAACAGCACAGACCUGUCAUGGAACAGUACUCCUAUAUCUCGCGUGUUCGGGGCCGGAUCUUCAGAGAACCAGGGUCAGAGAGAGUCGUACUUCCCCAGCCCAAAGAGCACACCCAGGAACAGUUUCAACUCCUGCCACUCACCAGAGACAGAGGAUACCACUGACCUGAACUCUCUGUCUCCCACCACCGUCAGCAGUCCCUCCUCUUCUCGCCUCGUCUCACAAAUUAUUGGAGCUGAAGACGACUAUUUUGAUUCAGACCAUGAGCAGACAAAUGGCCAGUGUAACAGCUUUAACAGUAUGGAACAACUCAAAUCUCGCCCUGCCCACCUGGCAGCCUUUCUGCAUCAUGUCAUUUCUCAGUUCGACCCUGCUCCUGUGCUCUGCUACCUCUACGCUGACCUGUUUAAGCAGACCAACUCCAAAGAGACUAGACGGGUGUUCAUGGACCUUCACACCUUCUUUAUGGACCGGGGAGCAAAUUUAAAAGUUCCUGUCCCUGAAUCUGUGUCUUCUGAUCUUGAUCGGCGGCGGACAGAACUAAUUCCAGAGGAAAUAAACAGGCAGCAUGUUCAAACACUGCAGGACUCCCUGUUCCCUGAGAUUCAGAAAAACCUUGAGGACUUCAGACAAAAGCGCAGUAUGGGCUUAACAGUGGCUGAAGUGGAGCUGGCCAGACUGGACCAGGAGAGGGUCAGAGACCGUGUCACCCUCGAGAGGGAACGGUCAUAUGCUGAAAACAUCAUCACCAAGAUAGAAGAUAUCCUGCUAACUACUCAGACCACGGAGGAAGAGAAAUGCACUACAAUGCAGUAUGUUAUCUAUACAUACAUGAAGCACCUUGGGGUGAGGGUCAAGGAACCUCGCAGUUUGGAGUCUAAACGGGUUCGGAUCAGCUUUAUCACUAAAAUGAAGAAAAGCAGUAAAACAGAAAAGGAAGGAGACGAGAAAGUUAAGAAAAACAGGUUUCAAAGUAUUCUUGGACCUCAGCGUUGGCCCAGCCGCAUCGAAGCAGCAGCAGUGAGUAAAGCUGUGGACAAUCGCCCCCGGCCUCAGAAACAAUUGUCUCAGCCUGCAUUGGGGGCUAGUGACCACAUGGAAGCUGGUCGUCUUAGGGGCAGCCAAUCCAGUGAAGGUCCUGAACUCACACACUCUUUAUCCGUGAACAGUUCUUCUCCAAGCAACGCCACCAACAACUCUGACACAAGCCGAGACACUGAUAUUGGUGGGACUCCAACAUCAGGCACCCCCAGGCUGAGUGAUGGUCCUCAGCCUGACCCUUUGGAUGGGUUGCCAUAUCCUGCUUCACACUUGGACCUGUAUAGCUUGGACCAGUUACAAGAGGAUGACAGAGAAAUUGACAGAGUUCAUGAAGGAACACCAAAGGCCAUUAGAAGACUUGAAGGAUUGGGUGCUGCUGAUGUCCAGAGUGAAGAUGACCAAGGGACAGACUCUGAGCAUGAUCCCCCAAAUUGGCAGCAGCUGGUAGGACGAGAAGUGCUUGCAGGUCUAAGGCCUCAUGAAAUCAAGAGACAGGAAGUACUGUAUGAGUUGUUUUAUACGGAGCGUGCGCAUGUGCGGAUGCUGAGAGUUUUGGACAACGUAUUUUACCAGAAGCUCUCCAAAGAUACAAUCCUUCCUCCUGCUGACAUCAAAAACAUCUUCACCAACCUGGAAGAGGUUCUUCAGCUGCAUGUUUCAAUACUUGAGCAAAUGACAGCUGUUCGGAAGAGAAAUGACUCUUCAGUAAUCGAUCAGAUUGGAGAUGACUUGCUGUCCUGGUUCAGUGUUGGAGAAGAAGAGAGGAUCCAGCAGGCAGUGGGGACAUUUUGCAGUAACCAGCCUUUUGCUCUGGAGAUCAUCAAGACCAGGCAGAAGAAAGACUCAAGAUUCACUUCGUUCAUCCAGGAGGCAGAGAGUAACAGACUGUGCCGCCGCCUGCAGCUUAAAGACAUCAUUCCAGUAGAGAUGCAACGGCUCACCAAGUACCCCCUGCUACUAGACAACAUCGUCAAGUACACAGACAAUUCAGUGGAGAAGGAGAAAGUGAAACAGGCAGCAGAAAGCUGCAGGAAGGUCCUCAGUCACGUCAACCAGGCUGUGAAGGAAUCUGAGGACAAGCAGAGGUUAGAGGACUAUCAGAGAAGACUGGACCUCUCCUCUCUAAAGCAGUCAGACAACCCCAUGAUCCUUGAGCUAAAGAACCUGGAUCUAACCAAGAAGACGAUGGUGCACGAGGGCCCCCUGUCAUGGAAAGUGAACAAAGACAAGACUAUUGAGUUGUACACGCUCCUACUGGAGGACAUUCUCGUUCUGCUGCAGAAACAAGACGAGCGUCUGAUCCUCAAGUGUCACAGUAAAAACCUGGCAGGCACUGCCGAUACCAAACAUAUCUUCAGCCCAAUUAUCAAGCUCAACACUGUACUAGUGCGUUCUGUGGCUACAGACAACAAGUCCUUCUUUGUCCUCUCCAUGUCAGACAACGGUGCCCAGAUCUAUGAGCUAAUGGCACCCACAGUUGCAGAUCAAAAAACGUGGCAGAGUCUGAUCUCCCAGAAAGCAGAUUCUACAAAAGUCAAGCCUCACAGCGUCAUACCUUUACCCCAGACUGACGGGGAGAGAGAUGGUGUCGAAAUCAUAUCAACAGGGGUUUCCAGGCUGAGUAGAGACCUCGAUCGCACCAGCAGUACACAGUCCACAGAUAAAGAGACCAGUCCAGCCUCAAGAAGUGUAUUGCAGGGUUCUCUACCUGGUAGGAAUCCGUUUGAGGAAGUGAAGGCAGAUGACGAGGAGGAAGAGGGCAGCUUCGUGGACCCUGACCUUCCUUACCAAGUGACUGGUGAUGUUAGAGAAGGAAACCUGUUCGAAGCGUUUCCCUCCAGAGCAGAUGAAGCACUGAAAACAUUGGCAGCAUUGAAGCAGGUGUUGGUGACACAGCUUAUGUCCCAGGAGGCAGCAAAACAAAACAAACGCUCCACGGGGGCCCGUCUCCUAAGGACCACAUCUCUGCGGACCCCGAUAGACAGCCGUGCAAAGGUGAUGGUCCACAACGGCUCCGAGAAAAGCAGCUGCCAGACGGAGGACCUGACUCAAGACAUGGGAUCUGGGGACACUGGCUUCUUUGACACACCCGAAGAUUAUGGAUGUUUAGUUCUGGAGGGUUAUGGUGGCCUAGGAGAGAGCACCACAGACGAUGAAAUCUUGACAUCAGCCACAGGCAAACAGCUGAGCACCUCGCAAGGCUGCGCCGCCGACUCCGGCAUCAAUCUGAGGUUUUCCUCAGCAUCACAGGCUGGCAGCCUUUCCACUUUCAGCAGACAGGUGCUGUCUCACCUUAGAAAUCUUCAGGCAAACCUCAACUAUCUGAAGGAUGUUGAGACCAAGUACAAUAAUCAAAUACGCCAAAGGUCAGAGAGGUCAGCAGCAGAUACGGAUGGAAAUAAAGACAAGAGAUAGUGUGGAAGUCAGUGAUGGAGCUUUUGGCUCUGGUCCAAAAGAAGAAGUACCGACUUGCAGUCUGUUCCUACUUCUUGUGUCCUGGACUUUCUGGACGUCCUAUAAGCCUGUUCUCUCACUGCUGAACCUUCUUUUUAUUUUAUUUUUUUCAUUGCCGUUGCCCACGGUCACAACAGAGAAUGAAAGACUUGAGUGUGAGCAAACGUUUGAAGGGAGGAUUCAUCUGUGUGAUGCUGCACCCCCCCUUCUUAGCACAAGGCAAUCAGGGAAGUGGAACUGACCCAGAACCUCAACCCCUUCUACCAUUGAACACCCAUUUUCCCCUAAACUUCCUACAAGAAAGAGAACUUAUACCAAAAUGUACAAAGAUGUGUGUUUAGAAUAUAUAUAUAUGAAACACAAAGCAAGAAAAGGAAAAUUUUAAGAUAAUGUAUUAAGAUUUUUUUUUAUCCCAAGAUGUAUUUAUUUUCUUUCUUUUCAUUUUUUAAAAAAGUGUUUCCCAUAUUGCUUGCAUGCUUUUGGCCAUGGUGUAACCUUUUUGGCUGUGUGUCCUGCUUCAGUCACACAUGGUUGGUGUGAGUCCAAGCAAGCUUACAAGCUUUCUAACGUAUCUUGAUGAAUGGCAGCACUAUAAUUCAGACUGAUAGAGGCCAGAGUUGCACUGGUGAUGGAUAGAUUUUGUUGUGUUAAAGCUCUUGAAAUCUGUUCAAGUCUAUAAUUUUAGGUAAAUUAUAGUUGUGGUGUUAACUAGAAUGAAGAGUCUCUAGGCUCUGAUCUGGUCCUGUAGCAUUUCUGUGCUGACUCCUUCAUCGUUCUCCUCCUUGCUGAGGGGAUUUCGCCUCUGUUCUGCCACUCUUCUCCUUUUGCGUGUGAUUCUCUCCCUUCUUUUCCCUGUGAACAUGUAUGGGCGCCAUCCUUCUCCUCUUCCAGGCAGCCCAGUGGCUUUGAUGCUUAUUUAUCCCCUCCUACACUAUAUGUCAUGCUUCCUCAUCUGCCUCUGGUUUUCUUGCCUUGAUUCCCUUCUCCUACAAGGAGCGGCCAUGCUCUCCCUGUAUCAGCUUCUGAUGGAAAUGCUGCUUCAUUUUGCUACCAUUGGUGAUGCUGAGAUGACCGCCUGAUAUUCUAAUAAUGUCAUGAAGUUCAACAUAUACUGUACAAUGAUCAAGUUGAAAAGUUAUGCAUAACUUUAAGAAAUAAAUGGUGCCAUGACAUGUUCAAAAAA